AUGUCGGGACGCGAUCUCGUCAAUUUGACGCGGGAGAGCUUUAGUUCGGUUGAUUACAGGCGGCGAAUGAUCAAUGUGCCAAUUUCGCCUAAGCAGGAUAGCCGUGCCAUUCCAAUUAUCAUAAAGAAGCCAACAAUGCACUCUACUGCAUCGACUCCUAUUAGAACGGUUCCAAUUGUCAUUCAGAAACCUUCUGAGGUGAAAGUUGAAGCUUCUCCACAAUAUGCCCGUAUUCUUCCAAAGCCACGUCGCUUGCAAAUGAUUGAUGAAACAAAGAAGUUGAAUAAUGAUUUGUCUUCUAUUGAAUUUGGGAAAGUUAAAGAGCAAUGGGAGAGUCGAUGCCGUUAUAAUGAAGAUGGAACGAAAAUUGAAAGCGGCGGAUCUUUGAGCUCAUCUGGGAAAUCUGGCCAAUAUUCGCUCAAUUCGGAUCCCGGUGAAGCUUUCAAGACACAUCCAUCGAUUAGCAAGGAGAGUCAAGUGACGGUUAUUCAACGAUCAUCCGAAAGUGCUCCGUCGUUGAUUCGUCAGGAUCCACUAGUUCAAUUUUCGGAUAUGCCACAACUUUAUAACAUUGCUGGGACACCAUUAAAAGAUCUUCGUCCAGUGGUUGAGCACAAGAAAACUCCGAUGCGAAAACCUGAAGAAGUGACAAUUUCGUCUUCUGCUAGUCGACGUCGAGCGAUUCCAAUAGGGUUGACGGAUGAAUCAAAUGCUAGCCCUGGAAACUACAUUUCAAGAAGGGAAUCGUUCAUUCAAUCGGAUUAUCGCUCUGAUCAUAGCGACGGAAACCACAUUGUGAGGAAAGCGUCUUUUAUUCAACCAGAUCGUCGCUCGGAAUUCUCGCAUCACGGAAGUGUUGAAAUGAUCGAGGUGACACCGUACAAACAAGAGACAAACUUGCUGCGCUUUCCUGCUACUGCAGCUGCGACUCACUCGACUUCUACUAUUCAAAGUACCGCCAGCAGGACCAGCAAAACGACUUGCCAAUACGAAGAUGAAAUCCACAAGAUGUUUCAAUUUGUUGAGAAUGAACACGGUGAUUUAAAGGAGCACCCAUUGAUGACUUCCGACAGAGGAUGUGAAUAUGCUGCGCUUACAAAAUCUGGUUACUCUUCAAAGAAUCAAUCAAAAUUCGGUCAUGACGCCCUUGAACUCACUAACCACGAGGAGCCACAAGGAGCCCGGCUUGUUCACUCGCUUUCUGGUUACCGCCGACUUCAACAGCAAAGGGAAAACAGUAAGACUCCAACUUCAACUGAGCCACUACUUCUUUCAAGUGCACAUCUCACUUCUUCUCCGGUGAGUCGAUUCGGCAAUCGACAUGAAAGUCGUCGUGAGCAAGCUGUUCCUCUAGAGAUCCAACAAACGCCAAAAACUCAUCGUAAGCCACGGUUUUCUCCAGCUGGACCUACACCUUUGCCUGUACCAAUUGAAUUUCGUGACGUUCACCACGGCACUCAAACUCGAUUCAGAGACCGAACUCCGCCAAAUCCAUACAGAAGCACUGAAGUUGCGCCAAGUUCAAAGCCACGUGCUUGGUAUCUUCCUCAAGCGACUUCAAAGAAAUCACUCUACGAUGAGAAACCAGUUGCCGAAUCACCCGGAGACAAGAUGCGCCGAAAGAUCACCCAAAUUGCACAAAAGUUUGGAGUCGGCGGCGAUAAGAACAAGAAAGAGAUAUCGAAGACGAUUCCUGAUUUGCACCCACAUGUGUCACGGGUUCCAAUCAGAAUUGCUCGCGACGAUCGACCACCACGCCCACUGACACCCGAUGGAGAUGGAACCGUGCGAAUCAGGGAAUCUCCCGCUUCUUACAACGUUUCACUUCGUGGUUCCAGGACACCAAAUUUCUCACGACGUGCAGGGCCUUUGGCAACUUCUACACCGCUCGUUAAGGAUACACCACAUUGGCUUCGCGGCGUUUCAACAAUUAGCUCGCCAUGGCAAAACGGUAGCUCUGCUGCUUAUCGACUUGAAAAUCUCUACUCUCCGGCAGUUACAAAGCCAGACAAUAAGCUUCACGAGGACGUUGUCGUUGCAGGAGGAGCUGCAUCAAACUUGGCAACAAACACUCAAAUGGGUCAGCGCCAUACAUCUUAUGAACCAAAAUCGGAGUUUCCACGGACUUUGCAGGGAGAGCCAAUCUCUGCCAUCAAACGCAUACAUAAUAAGGACAACGAGGAGCAGACUGGGAACACAACAGCCAAAACUCCACCAGCUUUGGCCACUUCGACCCCGCGACAUAGCUUGACGAUUGCAGAAGGUCAAAAACAACGGGCAAUUAUUGAUGCUUGGGGUGAUACGACAUUUUUGUCUACAAUUACGACGGCCACAACGCGCCCUGGAACUUUGAACUACGAGUCGAAAAUGGCAAUGGAAAGAGCUAUUAUUCGUCUUGAAUCACAAGCGGAUGCACAACUUGAACAAGUGAAAAUGUCGGAGAAGGUCCUGCAAUUGGCUCGUAAGAAGCACAAGAUGCUCAACGAGCUUGCUGCUGCUCGGACUCUUCUGUUGGCUCGAGAACGUCUUGCGGCGAUCCGACUUGAAGCUCAGCGAUUGGAGAAUUUGACGAAGAUUUACCCAAUUCCGCCACCGGUGGCAAAUAGUGUUCGUGGAACGAUGUUAAUCAACAAUAUCAAAGUGCACUUGGGCCCUCGUUUUUGCCAUCAACGAGAUGAUACUUCAACUUAUGCAUUUCUGGUGUUGAUGCGUUGUGGACCGGAAGUUGAAGCCACUGCUCCAAUCACAAUCAUUGAUGCACAACGCUUGCGCGUUCGUCAGUUACACUUUGCUGAAAGUAUUCGCUUCUCGAAUCUACCACUGGACUUCUCAAUUAUCCUCGAGGCUUUCACGAUGCGCAUGCGCGAUGCAAAACAGGAUUCAGAUCCAUCGUGUAUCAGCUUUGCCACCAAAGCCAAAUUGCUCUUCAGUCCAGGUAUGACGCGUCGUAAUAUGCUUCCAACGCCUGACCAUGGAAUUCAACCGGUUGGAGAGUUUGCUCGUUCUGGUUCGGUGGCACUUAGCAGGGACACAGUCGGAAGUCAACUCUUCUAUCUUGAUGGUGUUGAGUAUCCACUCGAAGGAACCAUCGAGAUCAACACUCAAUGUACUAGUCUACCAUCAGCUGUAGAAAUAGACUUUAGUGGAUUUUUGACGAUGUUUCAAAUGGUUGGCGGUCAUGGAUCUUGGGUUCGCUUUUGGGGAGUGCUUCGACGAGGAUUGAUCAGCUUCUGGAAAGAUCCUCAAGAUGAAAUGGAUGACAAGUCUGCCAUUGCACAAAUGGAUCUUUCAAAAUGCACUGAUGAGGAGAUUGUGCUUGCCCCGAAUGUUGUCUCGAUGCGCGCUCACGCCUUCUCAAUUGACAUGCUGGUGGCUCGGAAUACGACUGUUGUUGAACAUAAAAGAGUCAUCCUCGCUGCAGAUUCGCGUGAGCUUGUCGACGAUUGGUUGGAUGCACUCAACAAGACGCUUAACGUGAUUCGCGGAAGGAAU